CUUAUCUGCUCUUCUUCUUUCCCCGCCAAUAUCAUCCUCCCGUCCAGUCCGACCUUCCUUCUUCUUCUUUUCUUCCGAACGGCGACUUGAAUCAUAAUUCCGUCAACAAUAUAUAUGCAUUCCGUCAACGAUUGGACGAAUUUCACUUCCGCCGGGAGAUUAUCGGUCAUUCUCCGGAAAUUCAUUGCGAUUGAGAAUGUCUUCCUCCUACAUUCUACAGCCUCUGGCCUCUAUCUCCCUUCCCUCGCCGGCGUCGUCUCUUCAAGCUCAGCAACCCGCGUUAUCGGUCCAUCAGUACUCGUCUCCUCACCCUCUUCUCUCCACUUCAAAACCUUCCAUGUCCACCUCCCGGUCUCAAGACUGGUGGGUCGAAUCCCUGCGCGCCAAAACCGGCUCCAAUCAGUUCCAUGAAGCAGUUUCCGUAUACAUCGACAUGAUUCUUUCGGGAGCUAAUCCAGAUAACUUCAUCUUCCCUCCGGUUCUCAAGGCUGUGGCCGGACUUCAUGACUUGAGCUUGGGGAAACAGGUUCAUGCCCACGCUAUCAAAUUCGGGCAUGAAGGGUCCGUUCGCAGCGUAGCUAAUGCGCUCGUCAAUGUUUAUGGAAAGUGCGGGGAAUUAUCUGAUGCGUACAAGAUGUUUGAUGGAAUUACUGAGAGAGACUCUGUUUCGUGGAACUCGAUGAUUUCGGCGUUAUGCAGGGCUGAGGAGUGGGAGACUGCGCUGGAGUCGUUUCGACUAAUGCUGGCGGAGGAUCUGGAGCCUAGUUCAUUCACGUUGGUGAGCGUGGCGCUAGCUUGUUCUAAUUUGGACAAGCAUCAGGGCUUGCGGCUCGGGAAGCAACUUCAUGGGUACAGUCUCAGAACAGGCCACUGGAUGAAAACGUUCACAAACAACGCUUUGAUGUCAAUGUACGCAAGGAUGGGCAGGGUGGAUGAGGCAAAAGGUUUGUUUAAGUUAUUCGAUCACCGUAACUUGGUUUCGUGGAACACCAUGAUAAGCUCCUUGUCGCAGAACGAAAGAUUCAUGGAAGCUCUUGUUUUCCUGCAGCGUAUGGUCCGCGAAGGAAUCAAACCAGAUGGGGUGACAUUCGCAAGUGUGCUUCCAGCCUGCUCUUGUUUGGAGAUGCUAUCUGCUGGGAAGCAAAUUCACGCUUAUGCACUGAGAAAUGGAGAGCUCAUCGAUAACUCUUUCGUUGGUAGCGCUUUAGUUGACAUGUAUUGCAACUGCGGACAGGUAGAAAGUGGGCAUCGAGUCUUCGAACGUAUCUUGGACAAAAGAAUCGGGCUUUGGAAUGCCAUGAUUGCUGGGUAUGCACAAAAUGAGCACGAUGAACAGGCAUUGAUGCUCUUCCUUCGUAUGGAAACUGAUGCGGGACUUCAUCCCAAUGCAACUACAAUGGCAAGUGUUGUUCCUGCUUGUGUGCGGUGUGAAGCAUUUUCCAGCAAAGAAAGUAUACACGGAUAUGUUAUAAAGAUAGGCUUCGAGACAAAUAGGUACGUACAGAAUGCACUUAUGGAUAUGUACAGCAGAAUGGGGAAAAUGGAGAUUUCAAAGUCGAUAUUUGAUAGCAUGGAGGUGAGAGAUGUAGUUUCUUGGAACACUAUAAUCACUGGAUACGUCAUUAGUGGAUGCUUUGACCAAGCACUAGAGAUGCUACAAGGGAUGCAAAAAACAGAUCGUGAUGAUGGGAGACUCGCUGGUUUUAAGCCUAAUUCAGUAACAUUGAUGACAAUACUCCCAGGAUGUGCUUGGAUGGCAGCACUAGCCAAAGGGAAAGAGAUCCAUACUUAUGCGAUUCGAAAUGGCUUGGCUUCAGAUGUUACUGUUGGAAGUGCACUAGUCGACAUGUAUGCAAAAUGUGGAUGCUUAAACUUAUCAAGGCGAGUGUUCACCGGGAUGACGAAUAAAAACAUCAUCACAUGGAACGUCAUCAUCAUGGCCUAUGGAAUGCAUGGGCAAGGAGAUGAAGCAUUGAAACUUUUCCAAGACAUGGCGUCUCGAGCCAAGUUUGGAGGAGUGAAGCCCAAUGAAAUCACUUUGAUUUCAGUAUUCGCUGCAUGCAGUCACUCAGGUUUUGUAGAUGAGGGACUCCGCAUAUUUCACAGCAUGAAAGCUGAUUAUGGGAUUGAAGUUACAGCAGAUCACUAUGCUUGUGUAGUUGACUUACUUGGUCGAGCUGGCCAAGUGGAGCAAGCCUAUGAAUUACUGAACUCAAUGCCUUCUGGGUUUGAUAAGAUUGGGGCUUGGAGUAGCUUGCUUGGAGCUUGUAGGCUGCACCAGAAGGUCGAAAUUGGGGAAAUUGCAGCAGAGAGUCUGAUUCAGUUGCAACCAGAUGUGGAUAGCCACUAUGUCUUGCUCUCCAAUAUAUAUGCAUCCGUAGGAAUGUGGGAAAAGGCAAUGGGUGUUAGGAAGAGGAUGGAGGAACUAGGAGUGAAGAAAGAAGCUGGAUGCAGUUGGAUUGAGUAUGGUGAUGAAGUCCACAAGUUUUUGGCUGGGGACAUGUCUCACCCACAAAGCGAGAAGCUCCACGGAUUUCUCGAGCUGUUGUAUGAGAGAAUGAAGAAGGAAGGGUAUGUCCCUGAUACUUCUUGUGUCCUCCAUAAUGUUGGUGAAGAUGAGAAAGAGAUAUUGCUAUGUGGGCAUAGCGAGAAACUGGCAAUAGCUUUUGGCAUUCUCAACACCCCUCCUGGAACUACCAUUAGGGUAGCCAAGAACCUUAGGGUUUGUAAUGAUUGCCAUACUGCCUCGAAAUACAUUUCGAAAAUCGAGGAGAGGGAUAUUGUGCUACGAGAUGUGAAGAGAUUUCAUCACUUCAGGAAUGGGACUUGUUCUUGUGGGGAUUAUUGGUAAGGGGAAGGGGGUUCAGAUCAGCUUUUGCUGGGAGACCAAGUUCUUGACAAUUUCUGAGGUAGGGGUUUCCUACACUUUCGACCUGUAUCAUAUUAUUCAUAACAUGUGGAUGAACAGUAUAUUUGAUAAACAGAAGUCCAUGGUCCUUUCGGGGACAUCCGAUGAACAUAAGUGUAAAGCUGUAACACCAAGACGAUUUCUGUCCAUGAAUAUCAAACACUGAGUUCUUGUUAUAAAAUCCGUUGAAACCAUGAUUGUGUGACUCGAUUCUGGAAUUGGGGAGAGCAGUGCUCGUAUAAUUUCUCCCACAAACAUAUGGAAAAUUUCAAGUUAAAACUGGGUUAAUCCAUCUUAACUAAAAAAAAACAAGCAAUCCUGAUACAUGUCCAGAUCCUGGAUGAACAUUUACCCGUUUAGUCGGUACCUGUAGUGUUGCAGGGUUAAAAAAUGGUCAAAUCUGCCAAGUAUAGACUCACAUGAUAGCUGAUUUCAGGACGUUUGACAGCAAAUAAAAAAAAUUGUAGAUAAUUACUACAAGAAGAAGAGUUUACUUGAUUGCAGCUUCAAGCGCUCUCCAGGGUUCUGUCAUUCAAUCUGUUUUGCUCAAUGUAAGCAAACAACAUCAGAAAACAGAAGCAGCACAAGAAAAAGACACUGCCUACUAGAACCUGUUCUGCAUCUUCAAAAUUUUUUCAGUUUACAUAUCGUCGUCGUCGGGUUUGUUUCUGUUGAAUGUAUCCGCCGUCGUUUGCUGGAGCUGCAAGGAAGAAAACAUGAGCUUAGCUGCCGAUCCCAAGCAGAAGUGCCGUUAUCCGCCAUCAUGGAGGUAGACCAACAGAAGGAAGGAAGAUAAAGUGCUGCCGGAGGAAGAAGUAUAUGCAGCAGUAGCACACGCAGGAAACUUAAGAUAUCGAAAUCCCUAAUCGUAUUUUUUUCUAUUUUCUCUUUACUUAAAAAUGUAAUUAUGAUAGUUUAAUAUAAUUUGUUCAUGUUAAUUUUUAUAAUGGAGAAAUUUUACAAUGCUAUAUAGCAUUGGUGCUAUAGGUUUUUGCAUUUAUGGUACAACUUCAAUUUGUACUUUUAACGUUAUGGUAUAACUUCAGCUUGUACCUAUACUAUUUUACAAAUUCUUUUAUGGUACAAUUUGAACUUGUACCCUUAUGUGAUGGUACAACUUAAAGUUGUGAAAUUGUACCAUAACAUAAGAGUACGAAUUUCUUUAUGGUACAAACCAAACUUAUACAUUUUAACGUUAUGGUACAACUUUAAGUGGUACAUUAAAGCACCCAUGCUUUAUAGUAUAAUAGAAGUGCUCUUUAUAUUGUUCGUCAUCAUUUUUAAAUAUAAAUUUUUCGUUAGA